AACGGCAAUAACGAGCAAAUGUCCUCCCCUUUCCUGUAUUCUCCUCCUCCAACUUCAAUCCCUUCCCUUCAAACCCACCAAUCCAUCCCCACAACAACCCACUCACUCACUCGGCAAUCAUGGACCCAAUCUCUCAGAGCCAAUACCCAGUCCAACCAAUUCCACCAAGCCAUUUUAACCUAUGUCAACAUGACUUCCUCCGGUAUCCUACCUGAUCACUUCGCUUUCCCCGCUAUCCUCAAGGCCGUUGCCGCUCUUCAACACUUGCCCUUGGCAAACCAGAUUCAUGCUCACGUUCUCAAAUAUGGCUAUGGAACCUCCUUCGUCCCCGUGGCCAAUUCUCUGCUCAAUGUCUACGGUAAAUGUGGGGACAUUUCCGAUGUCUACAAGGUGUUUGAAAGAAUUCCCCAAUCCCACAGAGAUACCGUUUCUUGGAACUCCUUCAUUUCUGCCUUGUGUCGGUUUGAGGACUGGGAGACCGCUUUAGAGGCCUUUAGGUUAAUGCUGCUGGAUGAUGUCGAGCCUAGUUCAUUUACGUUGGUGAGCAUUGCACAUGCUUGUUCGAAUUUGCCCAGGCAUCAUGGCUUACGUCUAGGAAAGCAGCUUCAUGGAUACAGCCUGAGAAUGGGAGAUAUCAAGACGUUUACUAAUAACGCAUUGAUGGCCAUGUACUCCAAGCUAGGACAUCUCAACGACGCCAAGGUGGUAUUUGAGUUGUUUGAGGAGCGCGAUUUAGUAUCAUGGAACACCAUGUUGAGCUCCUUGUCCCAAAAUGAUAUGUUUUUAGAAGCAUUACUCUUAUUACACCGCAUGGUUCUUCAAGGUCUCAAACCUGAUGGUGUCACAAUUGCAAGCGUGCUUCCUGCUUGCUCACACUUGGAGCUCUUAGAAGUUGGGAAACAGCUUCAUGCGUAUGCAUUGAGACAUGAUAUUCUGAUUGACAAUUCUUUUGUUGCUAGCGCUUUGGUUGAUAUGUAUUGCAAUUGCAGAAAGGUUCACAGUGGUCGCCGAGUUUUUGAUUAUGCCACAGAGAAAAAAACUGCUCUUUGGAAUGCUAUGAUCACUGGGUAUGCGCAAAAUGAAUUUGAUGAGGAAGCCUUGAUGCUUUUCAUUGAAAUGGAAGCAGCUGCUGGGCUCUGUCCCAAUGCCACUACAAUGGCCAGCAUUGUGCCUGCAUGCGUGCGCAGUGAAGCAUUUGUUCACAAACUAGGGAUUCAUGGAUACGUACUGAAGAGAGGUUUGGGGACAGACCACUAUGUGCAAAAUGCACUUAUGGAUUUGUAUUCUAGAAUGGGGAACAUACAAAUUGCCAAAACCAUAUUUGACAACAUGGACGUUAGAGAUAUUGUGUCUUGGAAUACAAUGAUAACUGGUUAUGUUAUUUGCGGGCAACAUAAUAAUGCACUUCUUCUGCUACAUGAAAUGCAAAGAGUUGAUCAAGAGAAGAAUGAAAGUUCUUAUGAGCAUGAGAAAAGAAUCCCCCUUAAACCUAAUUCUAUAACUCUCAUGACAGUCCUUCCAGGUUGUGCCACACUGGCUGCGUUGGCAAAGGGAAAAGAGAUCCAUGCAUAUGCCAUAAGAAACAUGUUAGCAUCAGAUGUUGGGGUUGGGAGUGCAUUGGUAGAUAUGUAUGCAAAAUGUGGCUGCCUGAACACAUCCAGAAAAGUGUUUGACACCAUUCCCUGUCGAAAUUUAAUUACCUGGAAUGUAAUUAUUAUGGCUUAUGGCAUGCAUGGCAAGGGAGCAGAAGCCUUGGAGUUAUUCAACUGUAUGGUCAAGGAAGUCAAGCCUAAUAAAGUUACUUUUAUUGCUAUAUUUGCCGCAUGCAGUCACUCGGGGAUGGUAAGAGAAGGCCAAAACUUGUUUUAUCGUAUGAAGGAUGAGUAUGGGGUCGAACCUACAGCAGAUCAUUAUGCUUGCAUUGUCGAUUUGCUUGGUCGAGCAGGUCAAGUUGAGGAAGCAUAUCAAUUGAUCAAUGACAUGCCCUUGGAAUUGGAUAAGACAGGUGCUUGGAGUAGUUUGCUUGGUUCUUGCAGGAUCCACCAAAAAGUUGAAAUCGGUGAAAUUGCAGCUAGGAAUCUCUUCCACCUAGAACCUGAUGUGGCAAGCCACUAUGUUUUACUAUCCAACAUAUACUCAUCAGCUCAACUAUGGGACAAGGCAACAGAUAUUCGGAAGAGGAUGAAAGAAAUGGGGGUAAAAAAAGAACCAGGGUGUAGCUGGAUUGAGUUCGAUGAUGAGGUUCAUAAGUUUAUAGCUGGGGAUGCAUCACACCCACAAAGCGGGCAACUAUAUGGAUUCCUUGAAAUACUGUCAGAAAAGAUGAGAAAGGAAGGGUAUGUGCCUGAUACUUCUUGUGUUCUACAUAAUGUUGAUGAGGAGGAGAAAGAAACUUUGCUUUGUGGGCAUAGUGAGAAACUAGCAAUAGUCUUUGGCAUUCUCAACAGCCCUCCUGGUACCACAAUUAGAGUUGCAAAGAACCUUAGAGUUUGUAAUGAUUGCCAUGAGGCUACUAAAUACAUCUCAAGGAUAACAGAUAGGGAAAUAAUCCUAAGAGAUGUGAGGAGGUUUCAUCAGUUCAGGGAUGGAAGGUGUUCCUGUGGAGAUUAUUGGUGAAAAUGUUCCCUGAAUCACUUUGCUCUCAAGAGUAAUAUUCCUCUGAGACUGUACACUAUCUAAAAAAAUACUUUUCCACAAUAUUUUCUGCAUUCUAAGGCUCUCAGCUCAUGUUUCUAAUAUGGAAAAAAUGGUUCAAUGAAAAAGCUAUGAGCUUUCAUUUAUGGAAUAAGAAGUACUAAGAACUCUCUCAACUGUCAACCUUAAACAAA